AACAAGAACAACUUCAAUUUGCUGUUCAACAACAACAAACUUGACUGAUUUUUGAGACCUGAGAUUGAAACAUCGACUGGAAAAUGCCUGGGUGCUUUUCAAGAUUGAUGGAGAGAGUGCGAGGACCUGGGCAGCCUUCUGCGUCGACAGGUUGUUUAAAUUCAUUUGUGGGUUGUUUUUGUUGUCUUUUUCCGUUUUGCAGGGUUCGCGAUCGUCGGGAGGUGGACAGCGACAGCGACUUCGAAGAGGAAUCAAAUGUACUGGAUGAGGUCCAGUUGGAUGUGCCACUGCUGCCAGUCAUCCUUGAUGUCCAGGAUGCUGCUAUCAUCCUUGAGGAUGUGCCAGAUGUACCGACUAUCCUUGAGGAGGCCACUGGUAAUUGGCAGUUGAUACCGAUUAGGUUUAGCCCCCUGUACUGUGGGCCUGUUGUGAUCAGAAACCAUGCCGGUCCGGUGGCUAAAGCUUGGAGAACUUUCCAGUUCAUCAGCCCCAUUAUCACCUAUAUGCGUGGGGGAUCCCAGCAGGUGGUGGUGAGGAUGCACCAUGUGAGUAGGGUUCGAGGCCUGGAGACUCAACUGGUGUGGGCCAUCUCCAGGGAGACAGCCAGGCUUAGUCCAGAGGGCAUCCCCUACUGUGCCACCAAGGUUCAGUCCGUCACUUGGAUCCUGUAUAUGGCUGGCAGGGUGACCCAGUAUGCUUCUCACCUCCGCCAUGAGACGUCUGUGGACGUGACCCUUGGCUGCUACCAGCAGACUGAUGUCUCGGUGGUGUAUGCCACUCUCCACAUGGGGCCGGAUGGGCUGCUCUCCUCCUCGGCGUGGUCGGAGGCUGCCUCCGUGUCUACGCCCACCAAUCAGCAGUUCACUGAGCCAGAGCCUGAAUGCCACAACUGCUAUGAGGGCUGGGAGGAGGACCUGCUGCCUGAGGAGAGGGAGGUUCCUCUGCUAAACCUCUACCUUACCACCAAGAGAGUGGAGGACAUCGCCCUGAGGCUCGUCUCCCUGCGCCAGGCCUUCACUACCCUGCUUGGUUCCACCCUGAGCAGGAACCAUCUGUUUGUGGCAGGAAAGGUCCUAAUGGGCGCACUGGUUCAAGCCCAGCACAUGGACGAGGCCGAAUUCAUCCGUGCCUAUAACGACUUUGUGGACUACCUGAGUGACCCCUCCAAGCAGAUUGACAUUGAGAGGGAGCUGGCUGAGGCAAAGAUCCAUCAUGUUAACCUGAUAGAUGUCCUUUUUGAACUGGUGCUAUUUGGGAUGAUGACAGCUCAGAAGUCCCUGAUGGUGCACCCUGGUGGGUUCAUGGAGCGUCUGUACGCUCUCCUGUACUCCUUCCUGCCCGUAGCUGCCAGCAUUGAGCCAAAGGCCGAGAGAUACCUGCUGCUGCUCAAUGAUUCUUGUGACACUUUGCCACCACACAGGGGUCUAGACACAAAUGCACUACAUUACUUUGCACUGAAUUUUACAUUUUUAAAUAAAAUAACUAGUAGUUCAAAAGCAUUUGUCUCUGUCUUUUUAUUUACUUGAUUAUUUCAUCACUAUUUCAUAUUCCUGGAGUUAUGAGGCUAAUAUUACACUAUUACAUGAACAAUUAUGCAUUAUUCUUUUCAUAUGGAAAUGAAAAAAACAAAGUUUAGGUGAUUUACAGGUACUACAGGCCCACACUUUAUGGCUUUGAAUUGUGAUGUGUGAUUCUGUACUAUUUCAAAAUAUGUAGGCCGACAUACACUGCGUUUACAAAACAUUAAGA